CAGCCCGACUCCCCUCCCUCUUUCCUUGCUCCUUUCUCGUUUCUUUUCUGCCAUGGAUUUCUCUCCUCGCUCUUCGUCGUCCUCGCGCGGCCACCGCCCUAAGAAGUCCGAUAUCUACUCCACCGUAGUCAUCCAUGGCGACGACGACGGAUCCGACACCAAGCUCGACGACGAGGACGAGGAGGAGGACGCCUCGUCCCUCCCUCCCCUCCUCCAGCGCGUUCCCAAGGACUUCGGCGGCGUCGCAUUCGACGACGAGGACGAAGAUGAGGAGGACGACGACGAGGUGCUAGGGUUUUCCGGAACAGUCGUCGUCAAGCGCGGCGCCGGAGGAGGGCUAGGACAAAGGCCUUCGGCGUCGCCCUCCGGUAGAAGGCCGAGCCGAGCUCCAUUCUCGGAUCUGAGGCGCGCAAGCCCUAGAGGCCGAUCCGAGGCGGACGAUGCGUAUUCUACGUUUCUGAUCCGGUCCACGGCCCGGUCGAGCGAGUCGAGCCCCAGGGAGUCUAUCUCGGGGACUGUGAUAAGACGCACCGGUGGCGGCGGCGGCAGCAGCGGAGGAGGCGGAGGAGGAGGGGGUUUCGGGUCGCCGUUCAUGAGCGGGGCAUUUGAGGGGUUGAGGACGGCGGAGUCGGAGGAAGGGAAGCAUCAGCAGCAUCCAAGGAGGAAGGCGUCGGUUAGCUCGGUCCCGGAAAGUGUCGCGAAGGAAGACCCUUCCACAAAGUAUGAACUGCUCCAUGAGCUCGGGAAAGGUUCAUAUGGUGCUGUUUAUAAAGCCAGAGACCUAAGGACUUCAGAACUUGUUGCUGUCAAAGUUAUAUCUUUAACUGAAGGGGAGGAGGGCUAUGAUGACAUUCGAGGAGAAAUUGAAAUGCUGCAGCAGUGUAGCCACCCGAAUGUUGUUCGCUACUUUGGAAGCUAUCAAGGAGAGGAGUACUUGUGGAUAGUGAUGGAGUACUGUGGUGGUGGAAGUGUUGCUGACUUGAUGAAUACUACUGAAGAACCGUUAGAUGAGUCUCAAAUAGCUUACAUCUGUAGGGAAGCAUUGAAGGGUCUUUCUUACUUGCACUCGAUUUUUAAAGUCCAUAGAGACAUUAAAGGUGGCAAUAUUCUGCUUACUGAGCAGGGAGAGGUAAAGUUGGGUGAUUUUGGUGUUGCUGCCCAGCUUACCAGGACCAUGUCAAAGCGCAACACUUUCAUUGGCACUCCUCAUUGGAUGGCUCCUGAAGUAAUACAAGAAAAUCGGUAUGAUGGAAAGGUAGACGUAUGGGCUCUUGGUGUCUCCGCAAUUGAGAUGGCAGAGGGAAUGCCACCUAGGUCUACAGUGCAUCCAAUGAGAGUUCUUUUUAUGAUAUCUCGUGAGCCUGCUCCAAUGCUCGAGGAUAAAGAGAAGUGGUCCCUUCUUUUCCAUGAUUUUAUAGCCAAAUGCUUGACAAAAGAUCCCAGGCUUCGUCCUUCAGCAGCUGAGAUGCUGAAGCACAAGUUUAUUGAAAAGUGCACAUCUGGCGCUUCAAAAAUGUUGCCAAAAAUCAAACAAGCAAGACAAAUCAGAGCAGCAAUGGCUGCACAAGCACAAAACAGCCAAUCCAGGCCAGACAAUCAAGUGGCGAAAGGGGGGACUACACAUAUAAACGAAGAUUACGGGGAUACUCUUCCUUCUGAUGCUCUGAAACAUCAAAUUGAUGAAUCACCUGAGGAUGGUGGUGACUUUGGUACUGUAGUAUAUCACGAUGGCGAUGAAGUCCGUGAAUCACCUGUUUCGUUGACAGCAGAAUUUAUACCAGGCCUUGGUGGUAUAAGUUCUUUCACACAUGAUCCGAGAAGAGAGAAAAUUGCAAACAUUUGGGAGGAGAAUGCAACUGGUACCAUUGUCAGCAAACAGAAGAAUAAAAAUCAGAGUCCUGAUAUACAAGAAACCCUGGGUUCGCCAUCUGUAGCUGGAUUACCCAAAGAGGAAAAGAAUUCAGAGGGUAUUUUGGCACAGCAAGAUCAACCUACUGAUCCUGCAGUUGGUAGCGUCGGUGGUAACAUGAGCAAACCUAACAGUGCUACCAUCAGCCGGAAGGCCUUUUCGAUUCAAGAUAAGCUCUGGUCAAUUUAUGCUGCUGGAAAUACAGUACCAAUACCGUUUCUUAAAGCAAUUGAUAUUUCUCCUUUAGCUCUAGUAUCAGAUAAUGUAGUCGGGGAUAAGCUACCAGGGUCAAGCAGUAAUGCUGCCCUAGAAGCAGUUAGGGAGCUGUUCAGUGGUGAUGGACAGACAAAGAAAGGGCGGAAAGGACAAACUGAGGUGCCUUUACCUCCCGGAGUACACCAAAGAUUAACUACGAGUCCAACACUAAUGAACUUAGCUCAGGCUUUAGCUUACCAUAAAAUGUGCUAUGAGGAUAUGCCUCUUCAAGAGCCGCAAGCAACACAGGAGCAGCAGACUAUCCAAAACCUCUGCGAUACGCUACGAACUAUUUUGCGCUUGUAGAGCAUGUCGCGACAAAGAACCUAAGAGCAGCAUGUUUGGAUUGAGGAUUGGAUUAUGCGGGGAUGCCUUUUUCUGUCCCCAGAUUGUCUGGUUUGUCCGUGUAUAAUCUUUUUGUUGUGUUUAUAAUGGCUCUAGUUUUUAGAUUAUGUAGGAAUGGCUGUAAUGUUUCUUGGGGGAAUAAGCACGCCAAUGAAGGAUAACAGUACUAUUUUCUGUAGGUGGUUGGGGUUGGGUGAAUUGCUGUUUUGACUACGAGGAUGACUGAUUAAUCUAGGAUAGAGUGUAUGAUAGCUCAAUUCCAGUGAUUUGCUCGAACAAAUGAUUCUUUCUUUAUUUUAAUGUAGAAUGAUCUGGUAUCACCUUUUUUUUUUU